CAUGGACCCGGCCCUUGUCAGGCUCGGAAACAUGAUCCAAAACCGGUACAAGUACUUCAGGUGGACCAAGCGGACGGCGGGCAUCACGUUCGUGUACGUCGCUGUCAUUCCGACGAUUAUUGGGUACUUGGGUUAUAAGACUGAUGGAUUGUGGGAUAUGCGGGCAAAGCGGAGGGGCGAUAUCAUGGCUGAGCGCUAAGA